AUGUUGAUGAAUAAUUCUUGGUUACUGUUGGCCAUUAUCGCUGUAUUCGCAGUCUUCGUUCAAUCUGACUAUCAACAAGGUAAUUCUGGACCAGAAGUACAAAAUCUAAUCUCUAAUGGAGAAAGCAAUGUGAAAAAAACUGUUCGGGCAGAAACUACUGGUACAAAAGAAAACACAGGGAAAGGAAAGAAAAAUACUGGAAAUGGUCAGACGAAAAAAAGCCAAUAA